AUGGUGACUGUGUCACCUUGUCCAGCGAGAUGCCUCCGCCUCCGCCUCCUCUCCCCUGCUCCGCCUCCGGCACUUCACAGCCUCCGCCUCUGGUCGUUCCUCAACAACUCCAUCCUCCGCAGCGGGUUUUGUGCUCGAAAGGGGAUUCGUGCAAAGGAGGUGAUUCUCAAUUCCUUAGAUGUUGCAAAUGCACUUGUCCAGUAUAUCAGCAACAACUUUAUAACCGACAUUGUCCUUGGAGCUUUUAGCCGAAGUGCAAUAGCAAGGGCAUUUAAAAAUAUAGACAUUGCCUGCUAUUUAGGAAAAUCUACACCUGAUACCUGUUCAGUAUAUGCUAUAUGGACAUUGCCUUCUAUUGGUCCUCUGAUUGAGAGGAAAACUCCCGAGCUAUUCCUUUUGGAAGGGUUGGAGGCUGAAACUGAGGAGGACAUUUUUGAAGAUGUCAGUAAAGAACCUGUAAUUAGAGAAGAGCAAAACACAGAUUAG